AGCAGGGUUCUCCUGCGCGUGCGCCGCGCCCGGGGGGCGGGGCCGAGCGGCGCCGCUGUGCGCAGGCGCAGCCGUCGGUGGGUCGGGGCUCGGUUGUCUCGCAGAUCCUGAACCUCGGGCGUCUCCCCCUCCCGUCUCAAGAUGGAUAACAAGAAGCGCCUGGCCUACGCCAUCAUCCAGUUCCUGCAUGACCAGCUCCGGCACGGGGGGCUCUCUUCGGAUGCCCAGGAGAGCUUAGAAGUUGCCAUCCAGUGCCUGGAGACCGCCUUCGGGGUGUCGGUGGAGGACAGUGGCCUGGCGCUUCCCCAGACUCUGCCAGAAAUAUUUGAAGCAGCCGCCGCAGGCAAGGAGAUGCCACAGGACCUGAGGAGCCCUGAGCGGACCCCGCCCUCCGAGGAGGACUCGGCAGAGGCAGAGCGCCUCAAAACCGAAGGGAAUGAGCAGAUGAAGGUGGAGAACUUCGAGGCCGCCGUGCGUCUCUAUGGGAAGGCCAUUGAGCUCAACCCUGCCAACGCCGUCUACUUCUGCAACAGAGCCGCAGCCUACAGCAAGCUGGGGAACUACGCAGGAGCCGUGCAGGACUGCGAGAGGGCCAUCUGCAUAGACCCGGCCUACAGCAAAGCCUAUGGCCGCAUGGGCCUGGCGCUCUCCAGCUUGAACAAGCACACCGAGGCCGUGGCCUACUACAGGAAGGCCCUGGAGCUGGACCCCGACAACGAGACCUACAAGUCCAACCUCAAGAUAGCGGAGCUGAAGCUGCAGGAGGCCCCGAGUCCUGUGAGCCGGGCGGCUGCGGGGUGUGGGCCGGGGCCUCGCCGACCCGGGACAGGAAGUGUGGGCAGCUUCGACAUCACUAGCAUGCUGACCAACCCAAGCUUCGUGAGCAUGGCGUCAAACCUCAUGAACAACCCGCAAGUUCAGCAGCUUGUGUCCGGGAUGAUCUCCAGCAGCCACAACCCCCUGGGAACUCCCGGCACCAGCCCCUUGCAGAACGACCUGGCCACCCUCAUCCAGGCGGGCCAGCAGUUCGCACAGCAGAUGCAGCAGCAGAACCCGGAGCUGAUCGAGCAGCUCAGGAGUCAGAUGCGCAGCCGGACCCCCAGUGCCAGCAACGACGACCAGCAGGAGUGACCGGCCAGCCGUCCCGGCGCCGUCCUGCUCUGCCCGCCAGCUGCGGCCCCCGUGUGGUUGGCCACUAAGGAAACUGAAGUUGGACCUGCACGUUGAGAGACUUUGUUCCGCCCGCCCCGUCUGUCCGUCCCGUCCGUCCCGUCCCGAGCCUCCCCGGCCCCCGCCCCCCCAGCCCCAGCCCCGCAGAGCCCAGUCAGGCACUGCAGAGUUCUCUAGAACUCCUGGGCCGCUCUGGAGACGCGACAGUGUGCUGUUGGGCCUCGUGGUGACCCUGUGGCCUUGGGAGCCCUCUGCAGCCCUGCCCCGUCCUCCGUCUCCAAGGACCCGCAGAGUUGCCUCUGGCUGUCCUGCUGGCACUGUGCCAGGAAGAACUCACUGCCAGCCCGGCCCGUGCUGCGUCCUGGUGCCGCGUCCCAGCAGCCCAGAAGGCGUGCUCCAGGGAGGGACUCCAGCCCCGCGCCCGGCGGGCAGCUCCUACGUCCCGCACCCCUUGGCCAGUGUGUCCUGUGCACAGAACCCAGCUCUGUGACUCUUGUGCUGGGUGCGUGGAUGGACGUCUGUCUGCCUCCCACCUGCCCUCUUCCACGCCCCGGGACAGAUGGUCAUGACCUCCUGUCCAGCUGGGCUCCGUGGUUAGCCCUGCACAGAGGUUGACUAGGACAUCCUGGCCCGUCUGUGUCCCCUCCCACACUCCUCGUGCCCUCUGGGGUCCCCAACACCCCCACCUUGGCCCUGAAGCAGCUGCAGGAGCGACACCCAGGAGGGGGGGUCAGGAGCAGGGCCCCUUGGACACCCUGCGCCCUGCCCAGCUGCAGGGCAGGCUCGGCUCCACAGAGGGUCGCGUCUCGCAGUUGGAGCCCGGGCGCCCUGGGUGUGGGCUGCGUGCCAGGUGGGGCAGCGCGUGUGUGUGUGUGUAGGUAGCCAGUAGGAAGAAGGGCGGCGGCCGGCCCCCGGCGCCCCUCAGGCGGCCGAGCUGACAGCCAGCCGUGUGGAGAAUAAACAGACCUUGUGGC